AAACUCCAUACUGCAGUUGAUUUCAGCCGACACUGAAAUGUCUAAUUGGAUUAAAAGUGUUCUAUUUACAAGAUCCCGAUGAAUUCGAUUAUUGCUUUAUAAAUAAGAAAUUAUAAGUGAAAAGCCUCAUUGAAAUGCGGUGCAGUGUGUCAAACUGUUUCAACGACACAAAACGAACUACCAAAAGCCAUGGGAUAACCAUUCAUUUGUUUCCCAAAGAACCACAUCUCCGGACAGCCUGGAUGGAGGCACUAGGCAUGUCGGACUGGGAGCCAAAAGAGCGCAGCACAAUAUGCUCGGAGCACUUCCGGAAUGACGAUUUUUAUGAGACCCGUUGCGGGCUGCGGAAGAUCAAAAAUGGGGCUGUGCCUGUGUCUGCACAGGAUUUGGCCAAUGACCUAGACGCACCAGCUGCCUUAAGGGUGUGCAGGAUAUGCCUGGCUACUGACUGCAAGAUGUUCAACAUUCGGGAUCACAAGUUGGAGCAGGCCUUCACAGAAGUCAGCGGGAUGACUAUGAGUGAGGAAGAUAAACUGCCACAGCGUCUCUGCUGGGAGUGUGGGCACAGACUGUUGACAGCGGCCAGGUUCAAGAGCAAAGUCCUUAGAGCCCAUGAUCUGCUCACCGGCCUGCCGCACGCAAGUCCAUACAUCACAAUACGCGACAUUCGCUCAAUAAACCGCCGUCAGAACCAACUAAGAUCUCACCUAAUAUAUAAACAUUUUGAUCCCAACGAUUUCCACAUACAUUUAAAUGAAACUGAGGAAGUAGAAGAAAAAGUUCCCCCUAUAGCUGAAGUUGAAAUUAUCAAAAACGAGAAAAAUAAUACUGAACUAUUCUAUCAAGAAUUCGAUAACUAUGAUGAUAAUUUUAAUGAUAAUGAUGAAUAUAAUAAUGAUGCAAGUAUAAUUAAUGAUAAUAACGAAGUUAAUGAAGAUAGUGAUGAUACAGUGUUAAGUGAAGUGCAUGUGAAGAAGAAGCGGAAAGUGAAAAAGGUUAAAGUGAAGAAAAAAGAGAAAAUAGUGAGGAAAAAGGACGAGGAAGAUAAUCCCAUGACUACCAUGGAUAAGUACAAAAACUCUGACGUGAAACGCCGCAAGACAACCGACGGCCUAGACGAAUCACUCUUCACAAUCACAACUCUGAGCUAUGACGAACAAAUCGCAGAGAUACAGAAACGACAGGAGAGCACUAACUACAAGAGCGCGCCUUACAAGUGCGGCGUGUGUUAUAGAGGAUUCCUCGCCCGGGACAGAUAUGACGCGCACGUCGUGAGGCAUAGUGAGCAAUACGGAGCAUACGAGUGUUUCAUAUGCAAGAGCCGGCUCAAGAGCGCGCGAGCGCUGAGGCAGCACCUCACAUCUCUGCACACGGAGAAAUUCAGCUGUAAUGGAUGUCCGUUCGUCACUAGGAACAGGGGAGUCGCGAGAGAGCAUGAAAAAUGGCACGCCGGCACCAAAUACCAAUGUCCUCACUGCCCGAGCGAAUUCGACAAGCUAUCAACAUACAUGGGCCACAUCAGAAUAAAGCACGUGUCAGACUUCGUGUGUGAACUGUGUGGCUACACGUUCGUCAGUAAAAAGGGCAUAGAUCUUCACAAGAAGAAGAAACACCGACUACAAGAUAAGACGGUGGAGUUAGAAGGCCCUUACUGCGAGACGUGCGAGGUGCGUUUCGUUUCAGAAGAGGCUCACGCGCGACAUCUCAAUCUGUCGUCGCGACAUAGCAGCGACAGCGACCCGAAUCGCAUCCGCAACGACUCGCAAAGCAUAAACGCGGAGAAGAACGGGCGCGUGGUCCGCAGAGUGGAGAGGAGGCCCGUCAUCCACGCGCGCGACGGCGAAGAGAGGCAGGACGCCGCCGGGCCCGUCACUUGCGAACAGUGCGGCGUCCAACUACGUGAUCUAAGACUGUACGCGCAGCACUUCCGCCGCGCGCACCCCGACAAGAAUCGAACCAAGUACCCCGCCAUGAAGACACCCUGUAUGUGCGAGCAGUGCGGACGCAUGUUCCAGAGUAUGGCUCUUCUAAAAGACCACAUGUGGGUUCAUACCGGCGAAAAGCGUUUCAAAUGCGACCGGUGCGAGAAGAGCUUCACGCAGAAGAACAACCUGGUGUACCACAUGAGGGUUCAUACCGGCGAAAAGCGUUUCAAAUGCGACCGGUGCGAGAAGAGCUUCACGCAGAGGACCAACCUGGUGUUCCACAUGAGGGUGGUGCACAGCGCCUCCAGGCCGAGCUACGAGUGUCCUUUAUGUGGGAAACACUUCGCCUUCUCCAACAACCGCCGGAAGCACAUGUUUAUCCACACCGGGCUAAAACCCUUCAAGUGCGAAACAUGUGGCAAAUGCUUCACGACCGCUGCCCAGCAACGCGCGCACGUCGAACACGUGCAUUUGAAGAAGCCGUGGCCGAAACGUCAGAGGCAUCGCGAGGCGGAGCCCGCGCCGUGGCAGAAAUGCCUCGACCCUAUGGAAGACUAGACCUAUGAUCUAUCAUAGAGGAAUAAGUAUGGGAAGAGUUGUAACUCCAUACAUCAGUAAAUGCGAGUUAUUUGUAGUGACAUCUAGCGUCAUCCACGCGUCAAAUAGCGUAAAUUAUCAGUACUGCUACUUGUCAAUAGAUGUCGCGACGAAUGAAAAGUCUAAUGCACAACACUUUUUAGCUAAUAUUACAAUAGUAUUAAGCAGUAUUCUGUUUUCACUUCCUUCUGCUUGUAAUAUAAGUUGUAAACUGUUUUAAUGUUAUUUUUUUGGCAGACGAGACUCUGUUGACACCUAGUG